UUCCCUCGAAUACAUCUGCUGUGUUACUUUCUUCCUCUUAAUCGCUCCCACUAGCUCGUCAACACAAAGGCUUGCUUUCAUGGGAAUCUUCUCACUAGUGACAGGGUUACCAGGGCCAAGCGGCUUCGGAUCGUCUUCCACAGCAGAGCAGGUGACCGAAGGCGUCGACGCAUCCAACCUCACCGUCAUCAUCACCGGCGGUGCAAGCGGCAUCGGCGCAGAGACCGCAAGAGUCUUCGCACUUCGCGGUGCCCAUGUCAUCAUUGCAGCCAGGAACAUGGAGGCUGCCACUGAUGCGAAGCAGCUUAUCCUAAAGACCACUCCAUCUGCCAGGGUGGAUCUCUUAGAGCUCGAUCUCAGCUCACUGAAGUCUGUGCGUGCCUUCUCGGACAAGUUCCUCUCCAUGGAUCUUCCCCUCAACAUCUUAAUAAACAACGCCGGCGUCAUGUUCUGCCCUCACCAGCUCUCUGAGGAUGGAACAGAGAUGCAGUUCGCUACAAAUCACAUAGGUCACUUUCAGCUGACGAAUCUUCUUCUUGAGAAGAUGAAAAGCACUGCGAGGAAGACAGGAAUCGAAGGUCGCAUUGUGAACUUGUCGUCUGUGGCUCACAUAUACACCUAUGAAGAUGGAAUUCGAUUUAGUGAACUCAAUGAAAAAUAUGGGUACUCCAGCAAGAAGGCAUAUGGGCAAUCUAAGCUGGCCAACAUAUUACACGCGAAUGAGCUCUCCAGGCGUCUACAGGAAGAGGGAGCAAAUGUUACAGUCAACUCUGUUCAUCCAGGACUCAUCAUGACGAACCUGAUGAGGCACACCUUGUUCCUGAUGAGGAUGCUAAAGAUGGUCUCAUACAUACUGUGGAAGAACGUGCCGCAGGGAGCAGCUACGACUUGCUACGUUGCGCUACAUCCGAGCGUGAAGGGCGCGUCGGGGAAGUACUUCGUCGACUGCAACGAGGCGAAGCCGAGCUCGUUGGCCGGAGACGAAACCCUUGCGAGGAGGCUGUGGGACUUCAGCGAGAAGCUGGUUAAUGCCAAAAGUUGUGACCGUCGGUGAUGAGAGAUGCAAACAGAGUUUGCUGUCUUCCAACUAUUUCAUGGGACUAUAAAUGAUGAGAACGAGAUUUAAUC